CUCCGGCCCUCUUGUAUCUACUUUUCAGCUAACUAAAAAUUAAAAUUUGAGCUGAAUGUUCUGAAUGAAGAACAAAUGCUCCAUGUGUAAUCCACUUUUAGACACAGAGAGAGAGAUUCACAUUCUAGUUAGAGAAAAUCUCGAGUUUGAUAUUUUUAUAGGAAUUAUCUAUAGCUGCGGCAUGACAGCAUAAAUAGACAACUCUUAGUGCCCGAACAUAAUUUUCCGGUGGCAAUGGCAAUCAGCACCGUGGUUUCGCACCGGAAUUUCGGCUAUUUCGUCGGUUCUGGACGAGUUUAUCAUCGAGAAACACUACCAGAUCGUCAAAGAUGUCAGGACUCAAGUCUCACUGCGGUGCAGUAUGUGCAUAAGAAAAUGUCCUGCAGCAAGCACCAUCAUCCGACGGCAAGCUUUUCAUUUGGCUACGUGUAUCACUCAUCCAUUCCUGCUAGAGAUAACCCAAACAGAGAAAUCCCAAGAUCAAAGGCGAUGUCUCAUCUUAACUUGGAUCCUGUUCUCAUAAUGUCCCAUCAGACAAGCAAUAAGCUUACGUCCAUGAACAAAAGGGUAAAAAGCAGGGGAGCAUAUGAAUCAUGUCUUUCAACAGCUUACUCUGAUGCUGGUUGGAUUCAAACAAGGAAGUUGGAUAAGCUCGGCUUUAACUAUGGCCAGAAGCCUCCAUCAAAACAUACAACAGUGAUGAGGACCCGGGCCGAAUUCAAAUCCGAAGAGCAUGACUUUACAAGCACUGAGUUUGAGACCCCAGUAUCACCUGAGGGGGAAAGUGAAGCUGCUUUACCGGAAGGAGCUGAGCCAGCAAAAACAUGGGGGAGCCAGUUCCCUAAGCGUUGGGUGAUGGUGCUCCUCUGCUUUGCUGCAUUUCUGUUGUGCAAUAUGGACCGUGUGAAUAUGAGCAUAGCAAUACUCCCUAUGUCGAAGGAAUUUAAUUGGAACAGUGCUACAGUUGGCCUAAUUCAGUCUUCUUUUUUCUGGGGUUAUCUGCUCACUCAGAUCAUUGGUGGCAUUUGGGCUGAUAAAAUUGGUGGGAAGCUAGUACUCGGUUUUGGAGUUGUUUGGUGGUCUAUUGCAACAAUGUUCACCCCAAUUGCUGCCAGAAUUGGACUCCCUUGCUUACUUGUAACGCGGGCUUUUAUGGGAGUUGGUGAGGGUGUGGCUAUGCCUGCCAUGAAUAAUUUGCUAUCAAGAUGGAUUCCUGUUUCCGAAAGAAGCAGAUCCCUUGCACUAGUGUACAGUGGCAUGUAUCUUGGUUCAGUUGCUGGUUUGGCAGCGUCUCCUGCAUUGAUACACAAGUUCGGUUGGCCAUCUGUUUUCUACUCUUUUGGUUCCCUUGGAAGUAUCUGGUUUGCACUUUGGUUGAGCAAAGCCUACAGUUCACCUCAAGAAGAUCCAAGUCUAAGUUUGGAGGAGAAGAAGUUGAUCGUGGGAGGCAACAUUUCCAAAGAACCAGUGUCUAGUAUUCCAUGGAAGAAGAUUUUGUCUAAGGCUCCUGUGUGGGCUCUCAUUAUAUCCCAUUUCUGUCAUAACUGGGGAACAUUUAUCCUGUUGACCUGGAUGCCGACUUACUAUAACCAGGUUUUGAAUUUCAACCUCAUGGAAUCUGGAUUACUUUGUGUGCUUCCAUGGCUCACUAUGGCUGUGUUCGCUAAUAUAGGUGGUUGGGUUGCAGAUAACCUUAUCAGUAGAGGCUUCUCAAUUACAUCAGUUCGAAAGAUAAUGCAAUCAAUCGGGUUCCUGGGCCCUGCUUUUUUUCUGACCCAACUUGGUAACGUAAAAACACCUGCCUUAGCAGUGCUGUGCAUGGCUUGCAGUCAGGGAUCAGAUGCAUUCUCGCAAUCUGGUCUGUACUCCAAUCACCAAGAUAUUGGGCCGCGUUAUGCUGGAGUACUGCUUGGAUUAUCCAACACUGCAGGCGUACUUGCUGGUGUCUUUGGGACUGCUGCAACCGGAUACAUUCUUCAACACGGUUCUUGGAAUGACGUGUUCAAAGUGGCCGUCGUGCUGUACAUUGUGGGCACAAUAGUGUGGAACUUGUUCUCCACUGGAGAGAAAAUCCUGGAGUAAUAUUUAAGUUACUACACCAGUAAAACGAGAAAUGGAAGGAACAUAUGAGGUCGCAUAAGUCGCAAAGAAAUGAGAUGGAUCGAAUCUUCAGACUUCUUUAGACAUCGAGCCCUAUCGACAGUUUAGCUGUUGGGGAUGAUCAUGCAUAUUGUAUCAAGUAAGUGAAAUAUCUUUCAUGUUUACUAAUAUAUGCUAAAAUUAGCAAGGCCUAUACCAGACCCUAGAGAGUGGUUGUUUUUCCUUUGACUUGUAAGAUGUCUUGGAAAACCUCAUAUUAUCGAAUUUAUUUUCUUAGUAGAUCAAAACUAUUCCUUUAUUUCUUAA